AGUCUCACAACUGAUUUUCGACACGUGUUCCGUGAAUCAUUAAUAUACGUAAACUAAAUGCUAGUAGUUUCCUGAAAAAUACUGUAUUUGUAUAAAUAGAAUAGUACAGGAUGUUAUUUAUGUUUAACGAUAAAAAUAUUCAUAAAAUUAAGUUAAAAUAGUCUACAUAAAUAAUCUUCGAAAGUUGUCGUGAAAGGUUAAGGAAAAAAUUAUUUGAAACAUCAUGGGGAGAGAGGAAGCAUCAGAGUUCAAUGAAGUGUUUCAUAAAUAUGGAACGCAUAGUAUGAAUAAAAAAUCUGAUCCUGCAUUUGCUCAGGUCGUGAAAGAUGAAGGUUCUGGUGAAGAGAAAAGAUACAAAUGUACUUUCCCUGAAUGCAAUGCUGCUUUUUCUAAGCCAUCCCGAUUAGAUAGACACAUUAGACUUCAUACUGGAGAGAGAAAUCACAAAUGCAAUCAUAUAGGAUGCGAUAAAGCCUACACUAAUUCUUCUCAUUUAAAACGUCAUAUGGAGACUCAUGUUAUGAUAAAGAAAUUGUAUAAGUGUCCUGAGUGUCCAUUAAACAUUAGAGGUCAUAUACAUAACUUGAAACGCCAUUAUAACUCUGUGCAUAAGAAUGGUAAAUUGACAUGUAAAGAAUGUAACGCAGUUUUUACUAAAAAAUAUCAUCUUGCAACACAUAUGACAACACACACAGGGGUAUUACACAAAUGUGAUGAAUGUAAUAAAAGUUUUACAGACUUUAGAAAAUUUAAACGACAUAAAGAAAAUCAUAAAUCAGAACAGAAAUUGUAUCCUUGCACUGUAUCAGGAUGUUCUGAAGUUUUUGGGAAAUGGGCACUCCUUUGUGCUCAUAGGAGAACACAGCAUGUGAAUAAUUAUCGGUGCAAGGAUUGCGAUAAAGUAUUCUUACAUAAACGUCACUUAAGAUAUCACUCUCAAGUGCAUAUGAAAAUAAGACUAUUAAUACCUUGUCCUUAUGACAAAUGUCCUCGAGCCUAUUAUUCUAAAGGAGGUUUAGAUGCUCAUAUAAAAAUUAAACAUUUAGAACAAAAACAUGAAUGCAAUAUAUGCAAAAUAAAGCUGUCAACCAAACAAAAAUUAUUGGAACACAUUCAGAAAUUACAUGUGUUAAAGAAUAAAAUAGUAGAAACCAAAAAAUUACAACGUAGAAGAAGAAAAGAUGCUGGAUUACUUAAAAAGAGCGCGGUAUCUACAUUAGUCGGAGUUAAGUUACCACCAGAACUAGAAAAGCGGGUGUUAACAAGAGGAGCAAAAAAAGUAUUAUUAGACGAAUUUGAAAAAGUGUCAAAUUGUAAUUUAAAUUCGUAAUGUAUUGUUCUUUUAUAAUACUACAAUUAUAAAUAAAGUAAAUGUGUGUA